AUGGAGUUUGAACCAUAUCCUCAACAACAGUUUCCCAUGGGAAGUUUUGCGAGCACCGCGACGCUCGAUAUGUCGGCUGUCACAGCUGCAUUGCCAGAGUACCCAAUGCGCCAGUUUCAGCAAUCGCUAUAUACGCAGCCUUAUCAGCAACACUCUGCUGCCACCAACCCGUCGAUGAUGUAUCAGUAUCACCAAGGCGCGCAGUUUGGCGGCCAGAGCGCCACUCAUAUCAACCCUUCAUUUACUCAGCAGUACCCGUCACAAUAUGGGCAAGGCGCGCCUUCACGACAGCAGCAGCAAGGAGUGGCCUAUCCACACUUCGUCGGCAAUCCAGGAGGCCCAGGUGGUCCUCAACCGUACCCAAAUCAAACAUUCGUGGUACAGCAGCCGAUGAUACAUAAUGCCAAUGCGGCCACUCAGCCUCUUCAGCAUCCUCAGUUUGCACAGGCCCGUGGGACCGCAGCCUACGUUGCGCCGUACGGCUCCAGGGUGCCAACUGCCUAUCCACUACCACAACUGCGACUCGACAACAGCCUAGCACAAACCCAGCCACUGAACUUUUAUCCACAGCCCAAUUCUCAAGCAGUCAGGAGAUCUAGCUCGAGUUCGUCUCUGCAAACAUCGGUGCUCAGGGGCCCGCCGAGGAAACCCAAGCAAUCUGGCCAUGCUCUUUGGGUUGGCAACUUGCCGCCUGCGACACAUAUAAUUGACCUUAAAGACUAUUUCUCGAAAGAUGCGACGGACGACAUAGAAAGUGUCUUCCUGAUCUCGAAGAGCAACUGUGCCUUUGUGAACUACAAGACUGAGGCUAGUUGCGCAGCGGCCAUGGCUCGCUUCCACGACUCUAGGUUCCAAGGAGUGCGACUGGUUUGCAGGUUACGACGUGGGAGCUCUUCAACGGCAACACCAACGCAAGGUGUGGCGCAACAGCCAACCGCGCCCACCGACGCAGGGAACGAGGAGGACGGAGUUGGCAAAGAAGCAGCUGUGGUUGAUGACAUAAUAACAGCAGAACCAGAACCUAUCGAGAAGGUGAAGGAGAGGUUCUUCGUGGUGAAAAGCUUGACCGUUGAGGAUCUGGAACGCAGCGUCGUCAGCGGAAUAUGGGCAACACAGGCCCACAACGAGGCCGCAUUGAACAAUGCCUAUCAAACUUCAGAGAAUGUAUAUCUCGUCUUUUCAGCAAACAAGUCUGGCGAGUACUUUGGAUACGCUCGGAUGGAGUCGGCGAUUGGUGAUGAAGCGGCCGCGAAUAUCGAUUAUCAACCUCGACCAGAGGCGCGAGAACCCAGUCCUGCGGACCUGCCACUGACCAUACCAACACCAGCUACGGCGACCGCACCCAAAGGACGGAUCAUUGACGAUUCGGCCAGAGGUACAAUUUUCUGGGAGGCAGACAUUGAGAGCAAAGAGAAAGAAGAGCAGCACACAGACGAUGACGCCGGAAAUAUUUCUGGGGAAGGUUAUGAAUCAACCAGUCCCGCUACACCACAAACCUUUGGGAAACCAUUCAAGAUUAAGUGGAUGUCCAACGACCGUCUACCGUUCUACAGGACAAGAGGCCUUCGAAACUCUUUCAAUGCAAACCGCGAAGUGAAGAUUGCUCGAGACGGGACAGAGAUUGAGCCUUCCGUUGGCCGAAAGCUAGUCAAUAUGUUUCAUCGCCCUCCGCUUCCAUCUGUGAGUCCUGGGGUUACCCGGCCACCACAACCUCAUCAAGGACCUUUGGGUGGGUUCAUGUACGGAAGGAGUUACUGA